AUAACUAUGAAGAAGCCACCAAAUUAACUUUGUAUGCUAUUGACAUGUACGAUGGAAGUGCACUUUGUUUCUAUCGUUUAGGUAGAAUAUAUUGGGCCAUGGGAGAUCAAUACCGUAAAGACAAGAACCACGCAUAUGCACAGUUCAUUCAGUCAGUAAAACUUGACCCACACUUUGCAAAAUCGUUUACAUACCUCGGACAUUAUUAUCGAAUUAUCGAGAAUGAUCAUGUGCGCGCAAAAAAAUGCUAUCAAAAAGCAUUUUCGAUUGAUGCUCGUGAUGAGGAAGCAGGGUCGGAAUUAAGUGAAUAUUUCCAAUCGGAGGGUGAAGAAAAUAUUGCAGAGGGUAUAUAUCGUACUGUAAUUAAAGCAAAUUGUAAGGCCGGAUGGGCGUGGAAGCGACUAGGGUUUGCGGAGUUGGCUAAAGGAAAUUAUUUAGAAGCAAUAACAGAUUUCCAGACCGCUUUGAGAACUGAUGCUAAGGAUAUCCGUUGCUGGGAAGGCCUUGCAGAAGCUUAUCGUCGUGAAGGUCGAUAUACGGCAUCAAUGAAAGCUUUUUUACGGGCAACAGAGUUGGAUCCUUCAUCAGUAUAUGCACAUUAUCAGAUUGCUACAAUAAAGCAAAAAUUGGGCAUGUAUAAUGAUGCAAUCAUCCAAUACAAUUUGACUCUCGAAAAAGCGGAGUCUAAAGGUGAACAUAAUCACAUGCCGUCGUUAGAGGGUCUUGGGGAUUGCUAUUUGUCUUUAUCCAAGGAAUAUUUUCACACCGGAUUUUAUGGUUGUGCAGCUGAAUCAUUAGGUCUUGGUAUCGCAGUAAUAGCACGUGCUAUAGAGACAAACAGCAAAUAUCAGUGUUUCUGGAAAUUAAUCGGUGAUUUUUGCACCAUCUCGACGUCAUUGCCAAAUUAUUUAUAUUUGAUACCCUUGGCUCUGAUUAAAAGUCUUAUCGGAAUUGCCAAACAACUGGAUGUAGAUGCUAAAUUACAUCUUCCCAAAGAUAUUGAUAAUAUUGAGCUUAGCCUAAAUUCUGAUGGAGCCAGUUUAAUAAAUUCUGAUAGGCUUCGAAUCAUUUUAAUUUGUGGCUGUCUUUCAUACAAAUACGCCAUAAUAUUAAGUAGAAAUCGACCCGAUACUGCUCCUGCAUUGUGGUAUGAUCUGGGUGUGGCCUAUUAUAAGUCGUAUGAACAUUAUUCUAAAAAUAUUGGAGAAAAUAUAGAUAAUCAUAUCUACGAAACAUCAGCAGCAAAUUAUUUGAGUGUUGGAAUUAGGUGUAUGAAGAUAGCAUUGAAAUUUGAACCAACGAAUUUCCAAUUUUGGAAUUCGCUUGGCAUCAUGACUCUUUUGGCAGACACCAAAAUUAGCCAACACGCGUUCAUUAAGGCAAUUGAAUAUUCUCCAAAAAGCCCCGUUCCGUGGACAAAUCUCGGGCUCCUAUAUUUGUUACAUUCCGAUUUAGACCUUGCCAAUCAAGCAUUUUCAACGGCUCAAUCCCUUGAUCCGGAUUAUGCGCCUGCAUGGGUUGGACAAGCUUAUGUCGCAAAUCUAUGGGGAAGUAAUGAGGCUGCUGAAUUGUUUGAACAUGCUUAUGAAAUUAGUGGUGGUGGUCAUUCGCUCGAAGCGGAUUAUGGUUUUGCAUAUCAGGCAUUUACACGCUACAAAAAUUCGCCAUCAAUACACAAAAAUUUGUUAAUGUCACCCACUUUUGCAUUACAAAAACUUUCAGAACAAAGACCGGAUGAUGCAGCAUCAUUAAAUUUAUUAGGCUUAUUAUUUGAACGGCUUAAUCGACCAGAUAGAGCUGUUGAUGCAUUCACUGAUGUGAUCGUUGCAAUUAAAAAAUCAAUUCAAAAGGAACAGCAGUCAGCAACAUUACAUAAAGAUUCGCAGGAAAAAUCACUAUCAAACCUAACAUUAUUAUUGCGAAGGCUUGCAUACGCGCAUGGAAAUCUUGGGAGAGUACUAUGUGCAACACGUAAUUUCUCCGAUUCAAUCACGGCAUAUACGGAAGCUUUGGAAUUAAUUGAGCAACAAGAGAAUGGUUCAUCAACUUCAAUUAUAUCGUUUAGAAUAUAUACAAUGUUAGGAACGGGACUUGCUUAUUAUUUUAACGAUGAAUUAGAAAAUUCUCUUCAAAUGUUUGAAUCUGCUCUCAACGCAGCUGAUAAUCCUGAACAGGAAUCAAGCGUUGCAGAAAUUAAGAAUGAUGUGGUUGUUUUAGUAUCACAAGUACUUUGGGCAUUAGGUGGUGUCGAGCAUAAAAACUUGGCAAAAGAAGAAUUGUUUAGAUGUAUUUCACAAAAUCCACAACAUCUUCCUGCUAUAUUUGGUCUGUGUGCUAUAGGGCUAUUGCAAGGUGAUGAUACUCUAGCUACUGCAGCAUUAAAAGAGAUGGUUAAAUUACCUAUUAAAGUUGUUGAUAAAUUGGACAAAGGACGUGACAUAGAUUUCUUGUAUAGUAGAUACUUCUUGCUAAAGGAUUCACCCGAAGAAGCUACACAAUCUCUUUCUAAAUCAACUCUCCUUAGACCUCAUGAACUAAUCAAUUGGACAUGCUUAUCAAAUCAUCUUAUAUCUCUUUCGAUACCAUUUACUUCUACUUCAAUAGCUGGUUCCGCAAUGGAAUUAAUAUCAAACCCAUUGUCUUCCUUAUCUAGACAAUUGUCAACUAAAGAAAAAGCAAAGGUAUAUCAAAACUAUGCUUCGUCUUUGUUGAUUUCUAGACGAGCUUUUAAGCAAGACUUAGUUAUAACGGGAAAAGAUGUAAAAGAUAGCGUUUUAAUUAAAGAACCAUUUGAUAAUAAUGAGGAUGAUGGCUCCAAAGAUAGAAAAGGCAAAGAAGGCAAUAAGGAUAAAACGGGAAUCCAUAAAGAUUUAAAAGUUAAAUAUGAAAAACUUAGGUUAGAAGCAUUAGAAAUUGCUCAACGAGCUGUCAGAAUUGCACCAUGGGAUUUGGUUGGAUGGUCUUUACUUGCCAUGGCUUAUAAAGAGAGUGUAUAA